AUGGAUCCGUCAACCGCGAGACCUGGGAGCGAAGUGAAUGUUUUAGUGGAGGACGUACACCCCGACCCAGGCCUAAGACUGCUCAUGCGCACCAUCCUCGUGCUGUACUUGAAGAACGUUCUGAACUACGACGAUGAUAAUGCUACUAUAAUUUACCACAUCUUCAUCAUGAUCUGCUUCUUCACGCCCGUAAUCGGAGCCAUCAUCUCUGACACCCUUCUGGGGAAAUUCAGGACGCUGUCGAUGGUGGGGUUGCUGCUGAUUGCAAUGGGUCAUGGAGGAAUCAAGCCUUCCGUGACGGCCUUCGGAGGAGAUCAGUUCGUCAUCCCGGGUCACGAGAAGCAACUGACUCAGUUCUUCUCUGCCUUCUACUUCUCCGUCAAUGGAGGUUUCCUCAUCUCCACCUUCCUCGCUCCCAUCUUGAGAGAGGAUGUACAUUGCUUUGGGGAUAAGUCCUGUUUCCCUCUCGCCUUCGGUGUCUCUGCUGCCUUCUUGAUCGCCGCUCUUAUGAUUUUCCUGCUGGGUAAACCCCUGUACAAGAUAGUACCACCCAAGGGCCACGUCCUUGUGCAAGUACUCGGCUGCAUCAAACACGCCCUAGGACGAAAGUGGACGUCCGGAAAUGACCCGAAAAAAGAUCAUUGGUUGGAUUAUGCCGACGACAAGUUCAGCAAGAAAAUGAUCCGUCAUACCAAGAUCCUGUUGGGCGUUCUCUUCCUUUAUAUUCCCUUGCCUGUUUUCUGGGCCCUUCUCGAACAACAGGGUUCAAGAUGGACGCUGCAAGCGACGCGGAUGAACAGGGAACUCGGGAGUAUCACUGUGAAACCAGAUCAGAUCCAGCUGGUGCAUCCCUUGCUGGUCCUCAUCCUCAUCCCCAUCUUCCAAUUCUGCAUAUACCCGGGAUUGGCAAAGUUUGGUCUCCUCACCAAAUCCAUUCCCCGGAUGUUUGUCGGAGGGGUCCUGGCUGGAGUCGCCUUCGCUGUCUCUGGCCUCAUUGAACUUGAAAUUGAGAAAACGUACCCAAAGAAGCCUCCCCCCGACCAGGUGAGAUUCCAGGUGAUCAACGGCCUCAACUGCAGCCUUUCGAUUACGUCAGAAGGUGGUUUGCUUCACACAGAAGGAUCCUUUAUUCCGCCCUUCUCAAGUAUGAACUUCGACGACAGAUCCGUCGAAGGAAAUCGGAACCACACUUUCAUAGCAAGUGAUUGCAUGGGCGGAGCUUUCUCUCUUCCUGGUGACACGAGAGAGGACGAAACCCUCGAGGGAGUCUGGGGAGGGGACGUCGUGACUCUGCUAGUGGGUGUCAGACAGGACGCAAGCAGGAAACUCGCCAUCGCGAGGAUGCCGUUCGACGACAUCGAGAAGGGGGAGAGAGGAUUCCCGAAAGUCAGAGUCUUAUUCAACACUCCGGACGACUUCUGGAGGAACACAACCGUCAAGUUCAAGUCGGAUGAAGACUUGGAACUGGAACUUGCGAACGGUCCCAUUAAUGCCACCGACUACGGAGAAGUAGAAGUAGACUCGAACAUGUUGUGCAUUCAAAAGCUGGAAUCUUGCGAGGAUGUGGGGGUAUUCGAAGGGAAAUUCGGAGCCACCUACAACGUCCUCAUCCAACGCGACCGAAUUGGAAAUGAGACUGUGAGCUAUGAGAGAGAAGAAUCUCUCACUGAAGAUUCUUCUCACUGCGGCAUUUGGCAAUACGAGGUGACACCUCCGAACAACAUCAGCAUGUUGCUUCAAAUCCCUCAAUACGUCAUCAUCACCAUCGGCGAGAUUUUGUAUUCCAUCACAGGUGUCGAGUUCUCGUAUCAGCAGGCGCCGAAAUCGAUGAAAGCGGUUGUGACGUCGGCCUGGUACCUCACCAACACAUUUGGAAACCUCAUCGACAUCUUCAUCGUCGCCAUCAAGUUCUUCGACAGCCAGGCGUACGAGUUCUUCCUUUUCGCGGCGAUCAUGGGCGUGGCCAUGGCAGUCUUCGCGACCAUGGGAUAUUUCUACGAGUCAGUGGAUGACCCAGACGCAGAUGAGCAGGAGAGCCACGAGAUGCUGGAAAACGAGAUGGCCCUGGAGGUGCUGGGGGAUGACUAAUGGUAUCGCAGACCCGAAG